AUGGGAAAACAACUCCUCAAAGUCGUCCUCAUCGGCGACGGAGGCGUUGGCAAGUUCAUCCACAAGAGGUUUACGAACGCAUACAAGGCGACCAUCGGCGCGGAUUUUAUCACCAAGGAGAUCGAACUAGAGGAUGGCAAGCGAGUAUCGUUGCAGAUUUGGGACACCGCAGGCCAGGAAAGAUUCCAGUCAUUGGGAAUCGCGUUUUACAGAGGCGCGGAUGCUUGUGUGCUCUGCUACGACGUGACGAACUACCUCACGUUCGAGCAUCUGGCACGGUGGAGGCGCGAGUUCUUGAAUCAGGCCGGCAUCGGAGACAGCAAUCCGGAUUUCCCGUUCGUACUGCUGGGCAACAAGAUUGACAUUGACGAGCGAGUGGUCUCGAGGCGCCAGGCGCGUGGGUUCGCACAGGAGCACAGUACCGUGACGGGAUCAAAGGUCGAGAUACCCUGCUUCGAGGCCUCGGCCAAGGAUGGCAUCCGGGUCGAGGAUGCGUUUCUGUAUAUUGCCAAGACGGUCAGGAUACCUCAGAUGGAGCUCGAUAUGGUCGGCGGCGGCGCGGCACCACAGCGACUUGAUUGGGACGCUGAAUCCGAAGCCCGCAAAAGGUCCAAGGGCUGCUGCUGA